AUGUAAGUAUUGAUAGAAAAUAAAAAUUGGUCAAUUGAAGAAAAUGAAAAUUUCUAAUCAAUUUUAUGUUUAUUAGAUUUAACUAUAGAUUAAUAGUAAAUUUUACAUAACCAAAUCCAAAAAUUUAAGAGUCCGGAGAAAAUUAUUAACUUUCUUUUGAAUGCUGAUCCAGAUUGGGAUUCAUUAUAAAAAUGGAUUGAAAAGGAGAAUUCUAAUCAAGUCCAAGAGAAAUAAUAAUAAUCAAUUAUUUAAGAAGAAAAAUAAUGGAAUCAAUAAUAAUUGAUGAUAUUAAAAAAUUAAUUGUCCUCAUAAAUUAAUAGUAAUGAGGAACUAAAUAAGAUUCUCUAAUAUAUAUAAUAAACAAAUUUGAAUAAGGAAAUUGUAGCAAAUGUCUUAAAUUGUGAAUUCGAAACAUUUGAAGAAUUUAUUUAAUUAACAUAAAUUUUUGAGGGAGAAAGUAAAAUUGUAACUAGAAGGCCUCCAUAAUAGAACAAUGAUAAACAAUAAUCUAAGAAUAUACUUUAUGAUAAUUAACAAAUUAAAUAACUAUUUACUGAAUUUCAAUCCUUAAAUGGGAGAAAUAAUUUACAAAUCUAAAAUUUACUCAUAUAAUUAUAUAGUUCUUUUUAGUAUUAAUAAUUUGAUCCUACAUUAAUAGAUUUCUAACCAUCUCCAGAUUUGGAAUACGAAGAUUUAUUCAUUUUAUGUACUAAGGUUAAACAAUAUUUUUCAUACUAUCCUAGACCAGUUCAAUUAUUAUCUGUUAUAGAAUUAUAUAAUCAUAAUAAUGAUUAGGGACGUUUAGCAUAGAUAUAUACUGGAGAAGGUAAGACUUUAAUAGUAGCAAUGCUUGCAAUACUUUUGUGUAAAAAGAAACAAAUUAAUGUUGACAUUGUAACUAGUUCUCCUGUCUUGGCAAUCAGAGAUGUCUAAGAACUAACCCCAUUUUAUAAAUUAUUUUCUAUAUCAGUUGCCCAUAAUAUAAAUGGAUCCUAGAAUUAGUUAAAAAAGAUGUUUCCAUGUUAUAAUUCUCAAGUUAUAUAUGGAGAUCCGCAUAGUUUCUAAGCUGACAUCCUAAGACAUGAAUAUUCAGAAUUAGGAACUAUGGGUGAUAGAAAAUAGGGAUAUGUUAUAGUAGAUGAAGUUGAUUCAAUGCUUAUUGAUGGACAUAGUAAUAAGACAUUAUUAAGUACACCCAUUCCUGGAAUGCUCGAUUUAACAAAAGUUCUUAGAUUAAUUUGGGAUGAAAUUUGUAAAUAAUAGCCCAACAUUUCAACUGAUAAAAAAGUUAUGGUUAUAGAUUAAAACAAUUUUUAUAGUGUAGAUUUAGAAGAAUACAUUUAAAAAACAUUAGAUAUUUAACUUCAAGAUGCCUUAUACAAUUUCAUACCUAAAUUUAGAUUAAACUAUAUUGACUUUAUGAAGAAAACAUGGAUUGAAAAUGCUAUCUUAGCUAUGUUUCAUUACCAUGAGAGAAAGCAUUAUCUUAUUGAUAAUAAUAAUGUUAGAAUUAUUGAUUACUAAAAUACAGGAGUAGUACAUUAGGAUAAUAUGUAAUGGUAGAAAGGACUUCAUUAAUUCAUUUAAUUAAAGCACAAUCUUCCAAUCACUCCUUUAAGAAUUAGUACUAACUAUUUGUCAAAUGUUGGAUUCUUUAAAAGAUAUCAGAAUCAACUAUUAGGCCUAACAGGAACUUUAGGAUCACAAGUUACUUAGAAUCUAUUAUCCAAAUAGUACAAGCUCGACUUUGUUCUUAUGCCACCCUUUAAGUAAAGACUGUUGAAAAUAGAACCUGGAAUAGCAACUCUUAGUAAAGAUGAAUGGUAUUAAGAGAUAUUAAAAUCCGUCUAACAACAAGUUAAUAAAGGUAGAGCAGUGCUGAUUAUAAAUCAGACUAUUUAAGAUGUUUAAAAAAUAGAAGCUUAUCUAAAAAAAUACAAAAUAAAAUCUACCACCUAUGUAGAUGAUCAGUAAGAAUUGAAAAAAGUAAUUGGACCUUAAACUGUUAUAAUUGCUACAAAUUUAGCUGGAAGAGGAACAGAUUUAACUACUAAUGAAGAAUUAGAAAGAAAUGGAGGUCUCCAUGUCAUCAUGUCUUUUCUACCUCGAAACAUUAGAAUCUAACUUUAAGGAUUUGGUAGAACUGGAAGGCAAGGUAAAUUAGGUACUGCAGAACUAAUUGUUACUUUCCCAGAUAAUUUAUAUGUUGGUUAACUAACUUAAAUUAAAACUAUUUAAGAUGCAAUCAAUUAUUAUCAAACAAAAUAGAAAUAAUAAAUGUAAAAUUACUUUGAAGUUCUCGUAUACUUUAGAGAUUUAAAUGAAUAAUAUUAUUCAGAUGAAAUAGAAUUAGAAAUGGAGAAACUAUUAAAUGAAGACAGAUGUUUUAACAAGUUCUGUGAAAUUGCUAAGAAAAAAGUAAAUAUGAAAGAAAAUAGGGCAGCAUUUUAAUCUUUAGAGGAGAAAUGGGGUCUUUAUUUGGAAUAAUAUCAAGAUAUAGGAUUAAAUGAGGAAGAUAUUGAAAAUUGGUUGAAUUCUGAUGAAGGGUAAAAUCCAAAAUAUUUAAUUUCUCAAGGUCUUCAAAAGGACGAUUUAAAAAUUUUUUAAAAAGCAGCUGAAAUAGCAAAAACUGAUCCUUAGGUUUAAUAUUAUAAAGGCUUAAGUGAAAUAUAAAGUGGGUAGUAUAAGAAUGGAUGUGAAUCUUUGUAAAAAGCUAAAUCAUUAUUUCAAAUUAAGAUUGAUGAUGAAAAAGGAUUUGCUACAGCUUCUAAAUUAAAUAGAAUUCAAGUAGAAUAGUUUUAAGAUAAUUAAUCUUUGAUUGAAUUUUAAGAGUCAGUGAUUAUGGUUCCUAAUGAAAACUUAGAAUUACCUGACUUAGAUUUAACAAGAGAUUCGGAAUCUCAUAAUAUAUCUGCUAUACAAUUUGUCAAAUAAAAUGAUGUAUAAAAAGACACUGUUGAAAGGAAGAUUAACAAUCAUUUAAAAGUUUAUAAUAAAGUAAUAAAUAACAUUGAUACAAUUCUUAACACUAUGUCAACAUUCAAUCCUGAAGAAGAAGUGCUUGAUUUAAGUUGGAUGCCAGUAAUUAUGAAAGAUGAAAAAGAAAAUGUUGAUUUAGAGCAAUCUAUUAAAGAUUAAUAAGAAGUGAUUGAUGAUGGACCAUUACCUAAACUAGGGAAAAUUGCAAAAAAGAAAAAAGAAAAAAGUUGGUUAUAAUAUGUGGCCAUGUUUGCUAUUGGAUUAUGUUAAUUUGUUGUUGGAUGUGCAAUAUGUGCAUUUACUGGUGGAGCAGCCAUGCCUAUAGGAAGAGCCCUAAUUACUGAAGGCAUUUCAGAUAUGUUAACAGCAGUUAUAUCAGCAUGGAAAGGAAUAGAUAUUGACUGGGGAAAUUGGGGAUAAUAAAAAAUGAUUAAUAUUGGAUCUGCAUUAGUUAUGGCAGGUCCUGCAGGAAUUAAGGAAGCACUUCAUCUUGGUGGAAAUGCUAUGAAAUCUUUAAAGAAAAUUGGAAUAGCUGAAUUUUUGAAAUAAAUUCCUGAAAUUACUGCUGAAGGAUUAAAAAAGAAUGGUUUUUGGUUAACUGAUCUAGAUAAAGAAGUUGUUCAAAACUAAUAUAACACUUUGAAAUAAAUAUCAAGUACUGUAUCGAAAGUUGGUAAUUCAUCUUAACUUCUCAAUUUGGCAUAUGAUGUAUUGCAAAAUUAAGUAUCAAAUAAUGUUAUAGAUAAAGAAGCAGCCACUGGCAUUUUUGAUUUAAUUAACUAAUGCUUUUAAUAGAGUUCUGGAGUAGAAGAUUUUAAAAAUAAUUUCUGUUAAUUUGCAAAAAAAUAUAUUAGAUUACAAAUGGCUUAGAGUAAAUAAGGUAAAUCAGAUUCUUAAAUAAAAGAAGAGGUGACUUAAUUCAGUUUUAUAGAAGGAAAUAAAAAGUAUUAGUAAGUGAAAUAAGAUAUUGAAUAAUAUAAACAAUAUAAGAAGGCCAUGGAGAAUGAAUUAAAAUAUUUCUCUACUAUAAUGUUGGAUUGCUUUUCAAGAGAUCAAAAAAUUCAAAAAAUUGUAAUCUUGCUUGAUCUAUAUUAUGAAAAACUGUGCGAUUUUGAAAAGAUAAAAGAAAGUAUUACAGAUAAACUGAUAUAGUCUCAUUUGAGCUAAAACUUUAGUUUUCAGGAUCAGACUCUUUAAAAUGCAUGUAUUUAACUAUAAAUUUCAAAUCCUCAAUCUUUGAACUAAUUUUAUUAAAAAGUAAUAAGACCUAAUAUUUACAAUCUAUGUUGUUUGUUAAGUAAUUAAAUUAAAUACAAAAACCCAUUAGAAGUAAUUUUAUAAAAGGAGUACUAGAAACAAAUUUAUGCUAAACGUGAUUAAUUGAAAAUUGAUUAUGAAAAUCUAAAUAAUUAAUAACAAUAUUUGAGAUAAUAAUAAGAUUUAAUAAAUCCAAACUAGAGAACAUAAAAUUAGAUAGAAUAAUUGAAUUAAGUAAUAUAUUCUAAUAUUAUUAGAUGAUUGAUGACUUUAAUAAUAAACGAGAUUAAUAUCAAAAAAAACAAAAUUAACUUCAAGAAAUUGAAAAACUUCAAUAUCAUGAAUUAAUUAUAAACAGUAUUGCCUAUCUUAAAAACAAAGGAAUGAUUAAUGAUGAUGACUUAACAUUCAAACCAUAAUUUUUAAAAUAGUAUCAAAAAUAUUUGGAAAAUGAAAAAUUUGAUUAAGCUGUGUAAGAAAUUCUUUUAUCAGCUAUAAAAAACAUACCUAAUGAAAUUAAUAAUUUUUAAUUAACGUCCAAAAAAAUAUUUUCAAACAAAUUAAAAUAAGCAAUUGAAGUAGCAAUGCUAGAUGAAAUUAAAAAAUAUAUUUUUGACACAAAAAUGUAGAAAGAGGAUGAAAAGAUUACGAGUAAAAUUAAUUGA